CUUAUUUAAUGACUGCAUUGCCUAGAAGAAACAUCUUUUAAUUAUCUAAGUGAAAAUUCUCUUAGACGAAAGCAAUGUUAAACUUAUACCUACCCAUUUGCUAUGGAUGACAACAAAGCCAUAAUAAUAGUGGUGCACAACACUUGCGGCCGAUUGCGGUAACACAAAAUAUAGCCGUAAGAAGGAGUUUUACAUCUUGGCUAAAAUAUAGACAACUGGACAGCUGAUAUGAAAGAAGAUAGAAUUGAAACACGGUUUCCGUACAUUUAAUUCCUAAAAAUGUCGCGUUACCGUGAGCAUAGCACUAGUAACACCUCCCGCGAGAGCGGCGGCGCUCACUUUCACCUACCACCGCAUUUUUCACCGCAACCACCACUACUACCACAACCAUCACCGACGCAGCCGUCGCUUAACGUAGGCACUGAAGGCAAUAACAAUCCUUAUUCUUCGUUUACUGCUCACCGCUCCGGUUUUUCUAACACAUCCAGCUCCCUUCCCCACCGUGACCUCACCAACACAAUCGACUUGGAAUCUUACCUUCAUUAUCAUGCUAACUCGCAGGCGAAACACAACACCAUGGGAAUCGAUGACAGUACGCCGAACCAAGAGGAUGAACAACAACAGACUGUGAAAAUACUGUGUUUUGAUUUAAGCACUUUGUCGCGUACACUCCAGUUUCUUAUAUGCAGCGGUUCCGUUUUUUUCUUUUAUAUUAUCUAUGGUUAUAUAAUGGAACUUAUCUUUAGAUUAGAUGGCUUUCGUCCAUUUGGUUGGUACCUUACAUUAUUGCAGUUUGCUUGGUAUAGCUUCUUCGGUAUUGUGGAAUCUCACUGGAAAAAGGAAGACGCACGGAAAGCACCAUUAAGGACAUAUAGCAUACUAGCUUUCAUCUCAGUAGCAACUAUUGGAUUGUCAAAUUCUUCUAUGGGUUAUUUGAACUUCCCAACGCAACAGAUUUUUAAGUCUUGCAAACUUAUUCCAGUCAUGAUUGGUGGAAUUAUCAUUCAAGGUAAACGCUAUAGUUUCAUCGAUGUCAUUGCCUGCAUUUCCAUGUGUGUUGGACUGGCUCUGUUCACCAUAGCUGAUAGUACGGUAUCACCUAAUUUCAAUGUUUAUGGAAUAUUUAUAAUAUUGUUGGCGUUGUGUGCAGAUGCUGUGAUUGGAAAUGUGCAAGAGAAAGUAUUGAAGAAGUUCAAUUGUAGCAAUAUAGAAAUGGUUUUGUAUUCCUGUUCCAUUGGUUUCCUAUAUAUACUCGUGGGAUUAGUAGUAACGGGCAACCUAUUACCUGCUGUUCAUUUUUGCUCUGAGCAUCCUACAGUAACAUAUGGCUAUUCAUUCAUCUUUUCCAUUGCUGGAUAUCUCGGACUUAUUAGUGUUUUGACUCUUGUUAAGUCCUUUGGGGCUUUAGUUGCUGUCACUGUGACUACUUGUCGAAAAGCCCUAACCAUUGUCUUGUCAUUCAUAUUUUUCACAAAACCUUUCACCAUUCAUUACCUCUGGUCUGGUCUUAUUGUAGUACUAGGAAUCCUGAUGAAUAUUUACAGCAAGAAUCAUCAGAGAUUCGAGAUGAAAAGUAUUACACGCUUGUUAAAAGUGCUGUUUCGCCAUAAAACCAAAACUGUGGGUUUGGAAAGAAUCAUUUAAAGAUAUUGCAGCUGUGAUAUGAUACAUUAUUCAUCAACGUUGAAAGAAAAAUCAUUUUUACUUUUACUGUAAUUCAUGGACAUGUUUCUUUUUACUUAUUUAUUUUAUUAUUAUUUUUUUCUUUGUGGGGGUCUGACAUUUGUAUUCAUUUCUAAUCUGUGGUGUAUUCCUUUCUCAGAAAGAUAUAUAAGUUUCGAAUAAUCAUUUCAAAUAUGUUGUGUUAGUUUGGAAAGAAGUUUUAUCAAAAAUCAUAUAUUGAAUUUGAAUCAAUUACAUUAUAGUAGAUGUAAAAGUUGUAAAUAAUAUCCAUCUAAAACAUAUACACAUAUACCAUUAUAUCCACUUUCGUUUAUUUUGUAAUAAUAAUAUAUAUUUGAUACCUAAUAAUAAUAAUAUAUAAUUCUAUUACAAAAUAUAGUGUACAAUGAAAGAUUUUGAUAUUUAAUAAUCUGUCUGAUAUGAAAGUAUUUGUUUCCUACUCAAAGCUGACUAGUUUGUGACAGAAAGGGCUGGGGUCUCAUGCUAUAAAAGAGCUGUUAACCUGAAAAAACCCCAAAAAACUCAUUUCACCCAUACAGGCAUGGAAUAAUGGAUGUUAAACACUAAUAUAAAAAUUUAGAAUGUAAAUGUUGAAGCAUAGAGAAAUAUGCAAAUGAGUAUUUAUUAACAUUUUGUUUUGAAAUAAAUUCAGCCACAUUAAUUUAAAGACUCUUUGGAUGGAAAAUGGUAAGAUGAAAGCAUUUAGUUUGAUGGCAGAAAGAUUGGGACUGAUUUAGUGUAAUUGGUAGCAUUCCUGUUUCAGUUUUAGAAGAUGUAGCGUUUGAGUCCUACUAACAGCUUUCCAUCAUUUGUCAAUUCAAGGUGGUUUUUAUGUAAUGUGUUGUAAGCUCUUACAGCUGAAUUCUCUUUGAGAUACAUUAUUGAUUAAGGUUUAUUUAUAUGUGUGUGUGCGUGUAUGCAUCUGUCUGUAUGUGUGUGUAUGUGUGUGUGUGUGUAGACUGAUAUAUGGGCCUGUGGUUAAAAAGUUUGCUUCAUAACCAUAUGGUUUCAGUUUUUUUCCAACUUUUCCAAAAUGCUGAGCUGUAUUUCUUUUGGCUCUUUUUGUUCUGAGUUCAAAGUUUGCUGAGGUCAGUUUACCUCUCAUGCUUUUGGAGUCAAUAAAAUAACAGUUGAGAGCACUAGGGUAAAUGUAAACAACCCCACUUCACCAUCAAAAUUGUUGACCUUGUACCCAUAAUAGAAAGGAUUAUUAUUACUAUUAAAAUAGUAGGAUUCCUUCAGAUCCAGGCCAUCACCUCAGUAGCACUUCAUGUGAGUGGUUAAUGGAGUGCUGAAAGAGGUAUAUCCUCAUUAAUCAACUAACUGAUUAAUUAAUUAAUUAAUAAUGAAGUACUCUGCAAAUCUAAAGAGUGUAUAGCAACAAAUUGUAGUACAUUUAUCGCAGAGUAAAUAAUGAUAAAAGAAUUUGGAGUAAAAAUGAUUUUCUUUACAUGACAAUUGUUUCCAUGAGAUUACCCAUUUUGUACAUGUAAAAAAUUAGUAAAUAAAUAACCAUGCUUGCUUCAUACCCUUGCUUGAUGGGGUUGGGGCCGUCCCAGAGACAUCAUCAUGCAUAGAGCCUAUCAAAUCCAACAGUAUUUUCCAUUGCUGGCAGUUCUGUGCCAGCCCCUCUACAUCCUCCAAGGUGAUGUCAAGCUUCUGGAGAUCAUUCUCAAUGAUGUCUAGCCAUCUGGUGUGAAGCCUGCAAUGUGACCUCUUCCAGGCUGCAACUACUGUGAUGAAUGAAAGUGAAGCCCUGGUAGGAUGAUCUAGCAGGAGAUGGAGGACAUUGCUGUACUAGCACAUGGACUGAGGUGGGAGGCUGUGGACUUGUGUGUGCAUGCAUGCAAUUCUUUGUUAGGAACUUGAUGGUACCAUCUGAUGUUUUUGAUCAUUCUCAGAACUCUGCUAUCAGAGCUGUUGAUCCUCUUUGCCAGGGUCAUUGAUAGGGCCCAUGUUUCUGUUCCAUAAAGGAAAUAAUAAUCAUGUAAA